AUGACCUUCAUAGGGAUCUUCGAAAUCUUCUUGGCUAUCAUAUCCUAUUUCUUUUUCGUAUUUUUGAGGAACCGCAAUGAAUUCUGCAUUAACUGGCCUCUGGUAGGGAUGCUACCUAAUCUUUUUCUCAAUGUCCACCGGUUUCUCCCUUGGUCCACCGAACUUGCAGAGCGAAAUAACGGCAGUUAUCUCAUCAGAGGUCCCUGGUUCUUUAACAUGGACAUUCUGGCCACCAUAGAACCUGCCAACGUGCAUCAUAUAAUGAGCACAAACUUCUCCAACUACCAUAAAGGACCAGAAUUCCAGAAAAUGUUUGACAUCUUUGGAGAUGGGCUUUUUAUUGCUGACUCAGAUUCAUGGAAGAACCAGAGAAAGAUAGCAAUGGCACUUACCACUCAUCGGAAGUUUUACCAAUUUCUGGUGAAGACUACUCAAGAUAAGGUGGAAAAAGGACUCAUCCCAGUCCUUGAGCAUGUCUCUAAGCAAGGACUGGUGGUGGACUUGCAAUCUUUGAUCCACAGGUUUUCAUUAGAUGUUGGAUUCAAAUUGGUUACAGGACAUGACCGUGAACUACUCUCUAUCGAAAACCGGGAAGACACAUUCUCUAGGGCCCUGGAUGAUGCCGAGGAAGUAAUAUAUUUUAGGUAUUUAAAGCCAGAAAUCUUAUGGAAGCUGCAAGGGUUGCUAGGGUUUGGGCCGGAGCAGAAAAUGAAAGAAGCAUGGGAAAUUAUAGAUCAGGUUGCAGCUACAUCUAUAUCGAAGAAAAGAGAAGAACUCAGAGGAGGGAACAUUUCGAAGAGAGAAGGAGAAGACUUGUUAACAUCCUACAUCAAAAUGGAAGGUGAAAUAUUCAUAGGAUCAAAAUCGCGAGACGAAUUCAUGAGAGACACCAUCGUCAAUUUUCUUAUUGCAGGAAGAGAAAACUGUCUGGCUUGGUUCUUUUGGCUCGUGUUUAAAAAUCCACGAGUAGAAGCAAGAAUCAGAGAAGAACUUCAGUCUAUAAUUCCAGAAAAAGAAGCUAAGGAUCAGUGGUGGCUGUUUCACACGGAAGAGCUAAAAAACUUGGUUUAUCUGCAAGCUGCAUUAUUUGAAACAUUAAGACUCUACCCAGCAGUUCCUGUAGAGCACAAGAAACCAAUACAGCCAGAUAUUCUUCCAAGCGGGCACCAUGUUAACCCAAAGAUGAAGAUCGUGUUCCUAGCGUAUGCGAUGGGAAGAAUGACAUCUAUAUGGGGAAAGGACUGCUUGGAGUUCAAGCCGGAAAGGUUUAUUUCCGAGAGGGGAGGGAUGAAACAUGUGCCGACUAACAAGUUCGUAGCUUUCAAUACGGGACCAAGAACUUGUAUUGGGAAGAACAUUGCACUCACCCAGAUGAAGGCAAUGGCAGCUAAUAUAAUCUACAAUUACCAUGUUCAAGUAAUGGAAGGACAUCCUGUGGUUCCUGCUGGUAAUUCAAUUCUUCUUCACAUGAAGCAUGGCUUAAUGGUUAGGAUCGCUCGGAGAUGGGCUUGAAUGAUCCCCUUCAGUAUUUUACGAAUAAUAUUGUCUGCUUCCUAAGUCUUUUGUUUGCUAUGUAUGCCGAAUAAACCAUCUUUUGUUUGCUAUGUAUGCUGAA